UUGCACCGCUUACACCACAAACAACUCAAAGAAAAAAUAGCGGAUAGAAAAACGUCUGAAAAAUUUGCAACUUUUAAACGAGAUAUGAACAAUAGUGCUAAAGUGUUAAAGUGCUGGCGAAGCGGAAGUAUAAAAAUGUUAUAGGAACGAAUAAAAACAUCUAUUAAACCUGUAAAAUUGGAAAUCUCAUAAAAAUAUAUAUUCGGGUUACUAAGUAGUUAAGCAAAAUAUAGUUGAAAUUGUGAAUCGCAAUUUACUGUGAAGUUUAGAUGUACAAUUUGCUCUGCCCUUGUUUUUUAUGCAAUCCGCAUAUUUGUGAAUCGGAAAGUGUAGUUUUCUAUAUGCGUUUGGAAUUUUCUUAAAAAUAUACGCGUGAUAAAAUUUAUAUGUAGUGCAAGCAGAAGGCGAGAAGUAAUUAUCAUAAAAGUGUAGGAAAAAGAAGAGUUACUCUACAUUUGUUGAUUUGCAUUAUUUCCAUUACUAAAUAAAAACAUUCGCGAAAGCUAAUUGCAGCGUUUGUACGGAAGCGCCCUUUCAAUAAACGUUUUUUGUUUUGCCUGCUGCUGGCGCUAUAUCUGCUGCAGCUGUUCGCUAAGUGGGUUUAGAUAAGAGCGAGCGGGCAAAGGGACGUCAAACAAUUGUGUAUUUCAUGUUCAGUCAGGCUUGACUGUAACAAAGCAGUUAGCAGAACCAAAGCAGGAAAAAAACUUUCAAACAAAUAUAUCUUGACGGACAGAUUGCCAUUUAGCACAUUUUUCCGGGAACGUUUUAAAAGGAAUUUUUCGCUCCUGAAGCAACGCAUCCAUUGCCAUUAGCAGCAAAAAUAUAACAGCAACACUUCCACCGUCGCUUUGUACCUUGCUGUGGUAGCAUGACCAUCCCGUCGAGGCCAGCGCCUGCGCCACCGGUAGCGCGCGGUCAAAGUGCUGCCGCCGGUGCCAACGCCAGCAUCGAACAGUUGCGCUUACAACUACAACAACAGCAUCUGCAGCAACAACAAAAUGGUGGUGUUCAGAAAUUGACUAUUAGUCUGCCGCCACCUCCGAAGGGUCCUUCCUCAGUCAUAUCCAUGGACAAUCGUAAUAACAGCAUUAGCAGCAACAACAACUAUAACAGCACUCAGUCGGCGAUAACACGAAAAUUUCCACAAGCACGCUACACGCCCACCACCAAUUGGGAUGAUGAUCCAUUUGGUGCCAACGCAGCAUCCACCGUAAAUUCUUCGAAUGGCAAUCACAGGAAAGUACCACCGCCACGUCCGCCCCCACCCAAAGUGCAAGUGAAUGGUCGCAAAGCGCCGCAACCGCCCUCCGCACACUCAACAAAGUUACUAAGUAAUAUUUUUAGGAGCAAGAAAAGCGUUAGUAGUAGCUUCAAUAAUAAUAACAAAGCAAGUAAAGUGUACGGUGUCAGCAGUGGUGUUUAUGCCGCUAACAGUACUACAGUUGCAACAACAAGUAACAACAGCAACAGCAGCACAAAUACCUGGAGUGCCAUGCCCUCUACAACAAAUGGUAGCAACAGCGCUAACAGUUGGCACGCAAACUGGAAUAACAGUUACUCUUCCACAUCACUCACGUCAUUGGCUACUGGAAAUAGCAGUGCUACUGCCGGUGCCUCAGGAGUGUCGGAAGCCCAGCUUAUUAGUUUCGACUCGCCGCCAAGUUCUCCAACAUUCACACAGAAAUCGAAUAGUGACUGUUUGAGCGUCGAUAGUUUCAGCUCCGAUUCAAAUUUCAGUUCACCACACAAUGGCAGCGUCUCUCAACCGGAAAGCGGUUUCGAGGAUGAUUUCAAUGCACGUAGCCGUCCAGCUACCACUAGUCCACUCGAUCCAUGGGAAGCCUUCGAUAGCGGUUUCAACACUGCUGCCGAUACUAUUUAUGGAAGUUCAGCUGCAACGAGUAGCAUCGGUACGGCGCCAGUACGCAAUCUCAGCACUAUCAACUCACGCAUCCAGUUAAGUAACGACAAUCCACUUUGCAAUGGCAAAAGUCUUUUACCUCCCACGCCCGCACUUAGUGCGCCAACGAUUAUCAAACCGAAAGUGUCGCAAAAGACACGUGCACCUAAGCCGCCAAUGCUGCCGAAACCACAGCUCGCAAGUGGCGGUCAAAAUUCACCACCAACGCCACCAUCGCCGCCAAUGCCACUGUGUGCACCACCACCGCCACCGAAUGGUGUUACAUUGUUAGACGUAAUAUCGGGCAAAGCGGAUGCACUGCAGUUGGGAGGGGGUGUUUGCGGAGGGUUGGGAUUUGGCAAUGGUGGGGAGGAAACUAAGCCAUAUGGCGUGGCGUUAUACGACUUUGAUGGCGUCGAAGAGGGUGAUCUUAGUUUUAGGGAAAACGAGAAAGUCUAUAUAUUGGAACAAAUGAGUGCCGAGUGGUAUCGUGGGCGUACGCGUUCUGGCUGUGAAGGCAUUUUCCCAAUAAAUUAUAUCGAUGUGAAAGUGCCAUUGGAGGAAACAGCGCCAACGUUGACCGCUAAUGGUAUGCAGCAAACCGCUAAAAGCAAGCCGCUGCGUGUUCGUUGUCUCUACAAUUUUCCAGCCGAAUACGAGGGUGAUUUGGCAUUGAAGGAGAAUGAAAUGGUGUCCAUACUUUAUAAAAUCAAUGAAGACUGGCUUUACGGUGCCAUUGACGCCCGAGAAGGACAAUUCCCAGCGAAUUUCCUCGAGUAUUUACCCGCCAAUAUACCCAUGGCAUAAGCAGUGGACUCAAAGCAAAUCCUUUACAUUUUGCACGUCCUACUUGAAAAUUGAAAUGUACUUUCGUAUUUGUGUCCAUCCCGCACACCAUAUUAUUACAUUUACCUAUUUGUCCAAAGUAUAUACUAUGCACUCACAAUAUGUAUAUUUAGAUUACCUAUAAUAACAAAUUUUCCACUAAUAAAGUACCUAGAUUUUGUAUUUUUUGUUUUGUAAUAAAUGUGUUUGCUAAUCAGUGAGCGGUGAGCUGUAAUGUGUCUCGAAAAACUUGAAUGUUUGAAAGUGUGGCAGUGGAUUGCAACAUGGAAUUGAAUUUGAUUUAGAAUUUGUGUCUAUGUGAUUAUAAAAACCGUUUGAUAUACAUACAUACAUACAUAAAGACAUACAUUUUUGAUAGAAAGUAAUUUAUAGCGAUCACAGUGAUGUGCACUUGUAAAUCACUAAUAUGAAAAUGCGAUAACUGUAAAAUUCACAUAUAUGCAUGCAUAUACCUUUGAUGUACAUGAGCUUUUAAGUGAUUUAGUAUUUAAUUAAAUGCACUAUAAUGGUACAUGUUUGUAAACGUAAUUAUAUAUAUUUGGGGGGAAAAAUCCAACAAUGUAAUUGUCAUAUCAGCUGAAAAAUUGAACUUUUUAACGCUCGGUUGCAAGAAGUACUAACUAAAUUACUUGUAAAAGAUUUUAGCCUUUAAGAGCGCAGUGAUUGCAAUUACGUAACGUCCACAUCACACGCUUAAUUAGGCCUAAGUAAUGAAACUAUUGAAUUUGUUCCACACACACACAAACUUAUUGUAAUUUAUGUUUGCUUAGAUAAAAAAAUACAAUAAAUAUAAAUAAUGUACACAAUAAAAAAUAUUGUGCAAUUUUUCGAAUGAAAACUCAUAUGUUUCAAUAAUAUAUUCAAUUAACGAUAUUAAAAUAGAAUAUGUUUAAAUUUUUUGCUAAACUAUAUCUUCAGUUUGUCGCAAAUAUAAAAAUGUAAAAAUAAAAAAUAAUUAGUUUCAACUUAAAGUUAAUAGGCGCUUGUUAUUUUGUUAGUUCCUUAUACAAAUAGCUUGCGAAUUAUUUGUUAACGAUUAUUUAAAACUCAUAGCUAUUAUAAUAUGCGUGCAGGUAUAAAAUAUAUAUUAUAUUUAAUAAAUUAAAUAUUUAAAUAAUUAACUCGAUUUAUAUACUAUAUUAACGUGCUGCGAUGCGUAUGUACUAUUUAUAGCGCUAAAGCUAGAACUCCACACCAGUCCUUGCAGGCAUUGUGGCUUUCAAAGCUGUACAGGUUUUGACAGGCGUUGUAGGCAAUAAAAGAAGGCAACUCAAAUAACCAAAAUGUGCAUGUGUAUGUAUCGGCAGUUUUUUAAGCUGCAUGAGAACUAUCGAUAUCCAUAAAUAUGGGAACCGAUCAAGCGUUCCCGCGACGUAACCGGAACGAACCGGAUUUAUAUCCGGUCAAGGCCUGUAAUUUCAGCAGCAUUCCCCGUAUUUGUAUGGGGAUUAGACAGCUCAGAAUGGAAAACUGUGUUGAUAUUUCUGUCCAGUAAGGUUUGGCAAAUCAUUAUGAAUCGUUUAACGAAAGAGAAAUAGGAAAUGUGGAAAUUUACUUUGAAAAAAAUUAAUUUGUUCGUGAAGUUCAUAGAGAGAGCGAAGUGUUGAAGAAGACGCUGAAAUGUGGAAUCGUCAUCGUUCUCAACUUGAUAAACUUUGUCCUUCGACUGUGUGGAAAAUUUUACGUAAGGAUCUUGGCUUAUGUGCCUACAAAAUACAGCUC